GGACGCAAAUGAAACCAUUAUCCCUGCGUGUUAAUUGCCAGUUUCGGGCCUCAAAGCAAUGUUUCAUCCCUACUCAUACUGUGACAUAAUGGUUGCAAGAACUUCUCAAGCAAAAAGCAAAAGUGUUCUAAAAGAGUGAAAAUAUAGUGCAGUGACAGGAUUCAGUAUGCCAUAAAAACGCCAGAAGGGGAAUGAAACAGCAAAAUCAUGCCAUAAACUUGAGUUAUGAAAUACGUCAACCAAAGAUAGCUAUAAAGUUCUAUGGUCUUGGAGCCAGAACAUCCAAAUUUGGAUUUUAAUCUGGACUCUGAAACAGCCAAUCGACCUGCUAGGUCCAAGUUUGCUUACGAAACAGAGUCUGGCACCACAUCCUGGAACUCCUUGUAUAUGAACGCUAGAAAGUCAAAUUUGAUUUAAUGUCUGGUAAGAAGACAUUAAAAUAAUCAAGAUCAGAUGCACAAAUGUUGCAAAACAGCCCUCCGGCUGGCUACAGCUGCAGAGCCACCUCUUCCACUGCAGUUGGGCUUCAGCAACCUAAUUUUCAGGUAAAACCAAGAAGAUGGGAACACAUUUGAUUUUGCUGGGUCUGCUCUCUAUCUGCAGCCUCUCCUUUAGUCAAGAAUGCAUCCGAGAGUUUGUGGAAAACAUUGAUUUCCCGGGAACAGACCUAACAUCUCUCUACUCUCCUGACGUGGAGCACUGUCAGCAGCUGUGCACCCAGCACCCGUCCUGUCUCUUCUUUACCUUUAUUCGGCCUGACUGGACCAGAGAUGGAAGGCAUUUCUACUGCUACCUCAAGUCCACUCCCUCUGGAAAGCCCAAUGUCCAGACUCAGCUACUGGGUGUCACCUCAGGCUUUUCUCUCAAACCCUGCAACCCAGACCCACAACCUUGUCUGUCUCAGGUGUACCAGAACACGGACUUCUUCGGGGCAGACUACAGAGUCUUGUUCACAGCAGACUAUGAAGAGUGUCAGCGGGUCUGCACACAGGACCCUGCGUGUCAGUUCUUUACCUUUGUGAACGAUGUCUUCACACAAGCGAAGAUAAGGUAUAAGUGUCACCUGAAAUUCAGCUGGACAGUACCAAGGACUCCGAUUGUCAACAGAAAGGCCGGUGUAGUAUCCGGGUUCUCCCACAAUAUGCAAGUAGCACAGCACUUUGAGGCAGACUGCGAGUGCAAACUUUUUUCAAACACUGACAUCCAAGGAAACGACUUCGAGACCCUGCCCUCUGCCUCUGCCGAACACUGUCAGACACUGUGCUCUGCUCAUCCACUCUGUACCUACUUCUCUUAUGUCAGUGAUAACUUCAUUUGUUACUUGAAGAACAAUCCAAAUGAAAUGGUGCCCAGUGCCAAAGAGGGAGUCACAUCUGGGAUACCAGUGCACUUCUGUCAGCCGGGUAACAGCUGGCUUAAGGUGGCUCAUGAAGGAGUAGAUUUCGAAGGUUCUGACAUUCGCUACGAGCUGAUGGACGAUCUGGACACAUGUCAGAAGAAAUGUACUGUAGAUCCCAUCUGCCAGUUCUACGCCUACGUCAAUGAAACCUUCUUUGACCCUGAUUACUGGCGCCGCUGCUAUCUCAAGCGUGUCAUCACCAUGCCUGCUCCUCUCCGAGUUAACAAAUUGAACAAUGUCGUGUCUGGCUUCUCCCUGAAGAGCUGCACGUUUGGUGCCUUCCACACACAAACACAUACAGAUACAGAUGUUCAAACAAAAUAAAAAAUAAAAACAAAGAGUAGAAAAACACACAAAUAGUCCAAUAAAGAUUCAGUAGUAAGCAAUCUCUGUGGUUGAGUUUAUUUACAUGUGUUAGAAGAAAUCUAUCACUUUCCUUUGGCUGGACUGCGACAGUGAGGCCAGCCUCACAAACGCGAGUAUCCAUGACUGACUGACCGAUGAAGUUACACCAGAAUACAAAUACGACGCACUGACAUGAUGAAACAAUGGUUUUCAACUGCAGCCUCAGUUUUGCUCAUUGACCAUACACGGUCCAGCCAUAUACUAGAGUUUGACCUAGUCUUCUUUUGAUAUUACUGCCCUCCUCACUCUCUUCUCUUUUCCUCAUUCAACUUUGACCACCACAGCUAACUUUCACGACCCUUGCUUCACACGCACACCCAGACACACACUUCCCUCCCUCUGGAGUGUUGGUUGGUCCUAACAUCAUGUGAUUGCUUUUUAAGAUACAGAUGAUUCUUUUUGCGUGUUAAUAAGAGCAACAAAACAAACUAAAUAUAAGUUUACUUUCAGUCUGCUUCAUUAAUUUGAAAGUUGGUAUUCACAGAGCACAAUUUUGCCUACCUCUAACUUGAAGAUGUUGUAGAGA